AUGAUCAAGAUAAUUAACAAUACUUCAGUCGAGAGCCAUCGACGAUUUCUCGACAAAAGUAUUGCAAUUCUAAGAUUCUCGGGAGUAUUAAGCUACGAUACAUCCACGACAGGGCAUCUAAGAAUUUUCACCAUUUUCAUGAGAGUUUUCAGUAACAUUAUUGUAAUUUCUUACGUAUUGACCAUGUUUGCCGAUGCUGUAGUUAAUUGCAACGAUUUGAUGAUAUUCGCCUCUGACGGGUGCUUCAUUGCGGGAUGGUUCGUAGCGUAUUCGAAAGAGGCAGCUUUUUACCGAAAAAGGCACCGAUUUUUUGAGUUUAUUGAUAAUACUCAUCGCCCUGUAGAUGUUCUGCGGCAAUCAACAGACUUAGGCCUGCUACUGGAUGUAAAAGAGUGUAUGUUAUACGAAGCUAUCGAUUACUAUUUAGUGUCAUUAUUCGUGAUAGUCCUUGGAUCGGCAAUAAUAAUUUCAUCGCUUAUCUUGGGAAAACUACCAAACAGAGCAAUAUUUCCUUUCGAUACAACUAUUCCCGUCUACUACCGACUGGCGUUUUUUAUACAAGCAUACAAUACGGUUUAUCAUCUAAUUGUUUUGGUAACAAUCGAUUUCAUAAGCUGGCAACUGAUGCGGUACACUACACUACAAUUAAGAGUCCUGUCGUUCAACUACAUAAAUUGUAAGGGCGAUUCACUGAUACCUGUUGCUCCCGACUUGACCCGAGAAUAUAUUGGUGCUCUCAAAAUCUCUAGUGUGUUCAGCAUAGAUGACCAACACAAGGAAAUUCGUCAAUUUACAGCAUUUGAAGAGAGAGAAAUGACCAAUAUUAGCGUUAACUUCACUGAGAGAUUUAAAACUUGCGUUAAACAUCACCUGAGACUCAUCAGAGUUGUCAAAGACUUCAACGAUACUUUUAGUUUCUCGCUGAUGGUCCAACUGGGUGGAAGCUUACUAGUCAUUUGCUUGAACGGUUACAUGGUGGUAACGUUUCCUGGUGACAGAGAUAACUUCAUUAGAUCUACCGCUUAUCUAUUGUCAGGUUUCACCCAAUUGCUGUAUUGGUGUGCUUUUGGAAACCAGCUAAAAUUUCAAGCCGAUUUUCUGACGAAAAGCCAGUGGAUGUCAGGUUGGGAAAAUAGUUACGACAGAGGAAUUAAAAAUUUAGUUACUACAGCGAUGAUAAAAACCAUGCAGCCAUUAGAAAUCCGCGCUGGUGGUCUCUUUGUUUUAACAAUGGAGACCUUUCUUUCAAUUUUGAAAAGCUCAUACUCUGUUUUUGUAUUACUGACAACUGCGAACGAUUAA